UUAAGAACAGUGUCUACUGUUUAGGGUGAAAUGAAUUUAUGGUUUGCACUUUGCAGGCCACUGGUAAAAAUGUCCAACGGUCCUCUUUUUCUUUGUUCUUUCACUUGCUACAUACAGUUAUCGUACAAGUCUCUUUCCCUUCUCUCUCUCUCUCUCUCUCUCUCUCCCUCGAAACUAAAGAAAACUCAGUGAAGAAACAAACAUAGCUCGCUUUCUUUUUUUACAUUAUCUGUGUUAUGAUGCUCUGUUACAGGUUGCUCUCACUUCCUCUUCUUCUCACCUUUCUUUUCUUUUCUUCUUCAACAUUCCUUCCCUUCUCUCAUGGUGCUACUCAUUUCUACUCCUUCCAUGCUCUACCCCCUGCAGGUAGGGAAAAUGAGGCAAAAUAUGAACUGCAGUUCUCAUGGGGAACUAGGAGGUCUUUUGUGGAGGCACCUCUUAGUGAACCCGUUGAAAGCUCAACACUUGUGUUAGCUCCAAGGAGGACUUACAGAAAGGACCCUUUAGAUGGGUUCAAAAGGUACACUGGAGGAUGGAAUAUCAGUAGUCGCCAUUACUGGGCUUCUGUAGGAUUUACUGCAAUUCCACUGUUUGCCAUAGCCUCAGUCUGGUUCCUGGGCUUUGGGCUGUGCUUACUUCUUCUCUGCAUCUGUUAUUUCUGCUGUGGAAAGAAGUCUUAUGGCUACUCUCGAAUAGCUUAUGCUCUCUCUCUUAUUUUCCUCAUUCUCUUCAGCCUUGGUGCUAUCAUUGGAUGUGUGAUUUUAUAUACUGGCCAAGGAAGUUUUCACAGAAGUACAACUGAAACUUUGGAGUAUGUGAUGAAUCAGGCAGAUACUACCGUUCAGAAACUAAAGGAUGUGUCAAACUUUCUUGCUUCAGCCAAGCUAACUGCAGUUGAUAAAGUGUUUUUACCUUCCAAUGUCCAAACUGAUAUCGAUCAGAUUGAAAUCAGAAUUAAUUCUUCCACUAGCAUCCUUUCUGAUCGAACAGUGGAGAAUUCGGGUGACAUACGUGAUCUCUUGGAUUCUGUGAGACUGGCACUCAUUGUCGUUGCUGCUAUUAUGCUUCUCUUGACAUUUCUUGGAUUCUUAUUUUCAAUUUUCGGCAUCCAACUGCUAGUUUACAUCUUAGUCAUUGUUGGAUGGAUACUUGUUGCUGGAACAUUUAUAUUAUGUGGUACAUUCCUUCUUCUCCAUAAUGUGGCCGGCGACACUUGUGUUGCAAUGAAUCAUUGGGUACAAAAUCCCACUGCUCAUACAGCAUUAGAUGACAUACUGCCCUGUGUGGAUAGUGCAACUGCCCAAGAUACCUUACUACGAAGCAAAGAAAUCACUCUCCAAUACGUUGAUUUGAUUAAUUCAGUUAUCACCAAUGUCUCUAAUAUUAAUUUCUCCCCCAACUUUCCAUCAAUGUACUUUAAUCAAUCUGGUCCAUUGGUGCCAAUCCUCUGCAACCCAUUUUACCAUGACUUCACAGAUCGACCUUGCAGCCCUGGUGAAGUAAACCUGAACAAUGCAACACAGGCAUGGCAGAGCUAUGUCUGUCAAGUUUCAUCAACUGGUAUAUGCAUCACAACAGGACGUUUGACCCCCACCAUAUAUGAUCAAAUGAAUGCUGCAGUGAAUUUAUGCAAUGGACUGGAGAAUUAUGGACCUUUCUUGAUUGAUUUAGAAGACUGCACAUUUGUAAGGGAAACAUUCAGCGAAAUAUAUAGGAAUCACUGUCCUAAACUGCAGAGAUACAGCAGAUGGAUCUACGUUGGACUGGUGAUGGUCUCUACUGCAGUUAUGCUCUCAAUUAUCUUCUGGGUUAUAUAUGGGAGAGAAAGGCGUCAUCGUCUAUACACAAAGCAACUCCAAGCUGAAUCAACCCAGGGACAUGAAGAAGACAAGCAGUCCCAAUCCUAAGAGAAAACUCAAUGCCUCAUCAGCCGGCCUGAGUUGGAGACUUUCUUCACGUUAGGCUUGGUUUGCGUUUCUGAAUUUGUAAAUCUUAGUUUUCCCUGUAUGUAACGAUGAUUCUAGCUUUCCAAGAGGAGUGAAGGUAAAGACAUAUUUUUUUAUUAAACUUAUGCCUUUGUUUGGUUGGUUGGGAUCAAGUUAACUAAUGAAUUUCAAAUUCUCAUGAAAUUGAUAUA